UUUGCUCGCGAGCUGUCAAAUCCAGUCGACAAAUUGCUCAUCGAACUAGACCGAGGGUUCCGAUUAAAACGCGACUUUGCACCUUACGGCCUCGGAUUCUACCUAAAUUCCGCAUUUUCUGCUUCCAACGAUGGCUGCCGCAAGUGCAAGGCUUUUCUCCCGGGUAAAAGAUGGUUUCUCGACCAGCGUCCGGUUCGCGAGCUACGAAGCCACGCGCAAGAACCUGAUGCUGAACUCGAACUCGAAAGUUAUCUGCCAGGGAUUCACCGGCAAGCAGGGAACCUUCCACUCGCAGCAAGCCAUCGAGUAUGGCACCAAGCUGGUCGGUGGAGUGUCCCCCGGCAAGGGUGGCCGCACGCACCUGGACCGACCAGUGUUCAACACGGUGGCCGAAGCGAAGAAAGCUACUGGCGCGGAAGCGUCCGUCAUUUACGUGCCGCCGCCCGGUGCCGCAAAGGCCAUCAUGGAAGCGAUCGAGGCUGAGAUGCCACUGAUCGUGUGCAUUACCGAGGGAGUGCCCCAGCACGACAUGGUGAAGGUGAAGCACGCCCUGCUGGCGCAGGAUAAGUCCCGUCUCGUCGGUCCCAACUGCCCCGGAAUCAUUGCGCCCGAGCAAUGCAAAAUCGGUAUUAUGCCGGGCCAUAUUCACAAGCGCGGCAAGAUCGGAGUCGUGUCCCGGUCCGGCACGCUGACCUACGAAGCCGUCCACCAGACGACCGAGGUCGGCUUGGGCCAGACGCUGUGCGUCGGCAUUGGAGGCGAUCCGUUCAACGGAACCGACUUCAUCGACUGCCUGGAGGUCUUCCUGAAGGAUCCCGACACCAAGGGCAUCAUCCUGAUCGGUGAGAUCGGUGGUGUGGCCGAGGAAAAGGCCGCCGAUUAUCUUAUGCAGUACAACCAGGGCAUCAAAGCGAAACCAGUGGUAUCGUUCAUUGCUGGCCUUUCGGCCCCGCCCGGCCGCCGUAUGGGUCAUGCUGGUGCCAUCAUUUCCGGCGGAAAGGGCGGUGCUCAGGAUAAGAUCAACGCGCUCGAGAAGGCCGGUGUGAUCGUCACGAGAAGCCCGGCUCAGAUGGGCAAGGAGCUGAUCAAAGAGAUGAAGAGAUUGGAGCUGGUUUAGAGAGAAACAAUUUAAACAAAAA